CAAUACACAAUAUAUGGAUGCUAAACUGAAGCUUCCUUUCAUGAGUCUCCAUCUCUGAUUCUCAGGCAAGAUGACGAAGUUCAAUUUCAUUGAGCUUCUCUGGGGGAAGAAAAAUAGCCCAAACCCUCAAAUUAUCCCAAAAGUAACUCUACUUUCCAUCUUAGCCAUUCUUCUAUUCACUGUCACGCCACUGAGUUUCCCCCUCUUUGGAUCUCUCAAGAGAAUCGUGUUUGCAUCAGAACAGUCACCAUCAUCAUCAUCUGCAACAUUAUUCAACAACCUGAAUAAUAAUAAUGCUGCAGAUUCAAUACUCUUGCCUUCAUCUUCAAGAAAGAAGUGUGAUAUUUUCAGUGGUGAAUGGGUCCCAAAUCCUGAGGCACCAUACUACACAAACACAAGUUGCUGGGCAAUUCAUGAGCACCAAAACUGCAUCAAGUAUGGGAGACCAGACUCAGAGUUCAUGAAAUGGAGGUGGAAGCCAAAUGACUGUGAGCUUCCCAUAUUCAAUCCCUUUCAGUUUCUGGAGAUAAUGAGAGGCAAAUCCAUGGCUUUUGUUGGAGACUCUGUUGGCAGAAAUCAGAUGCAGUCCCUCAUUUGCCUCCUUUCUAGGGCUGAAUGGCCUGAAGAUGACUCAGAAAUACAAGAUGAUUAUUUCAGAAGAUGGAAGUACCCAAGUAACAAUUUCACUGUAGCUGCAUUUUGGACAACCCAUUUGGUCAAAUCCAAAGCAGAACGAAACCCUAAUGAACUCUUACACGUUUACGUGGACAAGCCCGACGAAAAAUGGUCAAAGAAAGUGUCACACUUCGACUAUAUAGUCAUCAAUGGAGGUCACUGGUUCGACAAGCCCAUGGUAUUCUACGAGGAACAAAAAAUCAUAGGAUGUUACCACUGCUUCAUCAACAACAUCACCAGCAGAACCAGGUCCUUCGGUUACAGAAAGGCAUUAAAAACAGCACUUAAAACCCUAAACAGCUUAGAAAACUUCAAGGGCAUGACCAUCCUGAGAUCAUUCGCACCAUCACAUUUUGAGAACGGAUUGUGGAACGAAGGUGGGGAUUGUGUGAGAAGAAAACCAUUUAAGAGAAGUGAGGUCAAGUUAGAAGGGGACGAUUUGCGGUUCUAUGUGAUACAGAUGGAGGAGAUCAGGGUUGCAGAGGAAGAAGCAAAGAAGAAGAUGACGAAGAAGAAGUUUAGGGUUCUUGACGUGACACAAGCAAUGCUGAUGAGGCCAGAUGGUCACCCAAGUAGAUAUGGACAUUGGCCACAUGAGAAUGUGACUUUGUAUAAUGAUUGUGUUCAUUGGUGCUUGCCUGGGCCUAUUGAUGCAUGGAGUGAUUUGCUCUUGGAAAUGUUGAAGAUAGAAGGUGGGAAUUGAUAUAUAUAUAUAUAUAUAUAUUACAUGUGCAUGUGCCAUGAGCUUCAGUUGGAUCCAUUAAUUGGCAUCACUUUGUCCCAAUCUUAUAGAUAUAUGUUAUUAUAAAUGCGUGUCACACGAUUUCAUCAUAUAUAGUGUCAAUAAUUCA